AUGUCAUCCACUCUAAUUCAAAAUUGGGCGCCGGACCCAGCGUAUAUGGUCACCACUUUUGCUUCGUUGGGAGUCGCAUUCCACCUCAGUAUCCUGCGGAUCGAGAUCGACACUCGAAUUGGAAGUCUGUUAAUAGCCUUUUCUUUUGCCUGGUUUGGAUUGGUAGUGACACUUUGUCAUGUGUAUGACCUCGACUUGAUAUCAGCCGUCUACAAAGCGUUGCUAGGUGGGUUCUGGUUCAGUGCAGGCCUGGGGACCAGUACUGCCUUAUAUCGAUUGUUUUUCCAUCGGCUGCGACCCUUCCCAGGUCCCUGGGGCGCAAAACUCAGCCGCUUUUAUACCGUGGGAGUGGUAAAGAAAUCGGGGAUUAGGUACCACCUGAAGUUGGAGGAGAUGCAUCGUAAAUAUGGGGACUUCGUGCGCACGGGGCCACGUGAACUCUCUGUGAUCCGGCCAUCUGCUGUGCAUGCAAUCCACGGCCCGCAAUCGCAGUGCCUGAAGUCACCCUGGUACAGCCAGGUCUCUGAUGAUGAGACAAAAAUAAGCUUACUUAGCACACGCAAUCCCGAAUCGCACCGUCUGCGUCGCAGAGCAUGGGAUCGUGGGCUGGGCACCAGAGCUGAUCAUUUCUGGAAUCUUCUCAAAGCCCUUUUAAGUUAUCAGCCCGACAUUCACUCUAAGAUAAAUGUGCUGAUUGAGCAACUUCAUGUGCUUGCAAAUCAGAGCAUCGAUAUCACCCAGUGGACGAUGUACUACAGCUUCGAUGUGAUGGGAAUCAUCGCUUUCAGUAAGGACUUCAAGCAGCUAGAAGACGCGGCCGAGCACUCGGCAAUCGCCGCCAUGCAUGCGAAUAUGGAGAUGAUUGGACUUCUCGGUGCAGUGCCGUGGCUUAUACAUCUACUUAUUUGCAUCCCUGGCCUUAGUGGGCCUAUCGAAUAUUUUGGAGCCUACUGUGAGGACCAAAUCCAGCAGAGAAAAGCUAAAUGGCAGUCUGGCAAUGAGGAAACGCCGACGGAUCUUGUCUCCUGGCUUUUGAAAGCAAAGGAAGCAAACGAUCGUUCUGCUCCGCCGGGAGACCCGGCCCUUGGCGAAGAAGGAAGAUUGGUGAUCAUAGCUGGAAGUGACACUACCGGAACAGCACUGGCGCAUGCCUUGUACUUCCUCGCCUGCGAUCCCACUGCUUACCGGCGGUUACAACAAGAAGUCGACGAGGCUGCGGCGAAAGGAGAGGAGAUAUUCAAUAAUGACACCUCUCCCAGCUUGCCGUAUCUUGAGGCAAUCAUUACUGAGACCCUUCGCCUGAAACCUAACGUACCCAGUGGCCAAUCCCGAGUGACUCCACCUGAAGGUCUUGUCAUAGACGGAACGUGGAUUCCGGGCAAUACCAUUGUGAUUAUUCCCCAGUACGUCAUUCAGCGGGAUGAGCGAUGCUUUGCUAGGGCGACUGAAUUCCUACCAGAGCGAUGGCUGGAUGAAGGAAAAGACCUGAUAGUGGAUAAGCAAGCCUAUUUUCCAUUUCAGAUCGGCCCCUACGGGUGCCCAGGGAAGCAACUGGCUCUGCUGCAAAUGCGAGGAGUACUACGUCGCAUUGCGAGAGACUUCCACAUCGCUCUAGCUCCUGGUGAGGACGGUGUGGCAUUUGAUACGGAAGCGAAGGAUGCCUUUACCAUGGCUGUCAAACCACUCCAGAUGGUCUUCAAGAAGAGGGUAAAGGCGUAG